ACACAAGCAAGUUGCCUCGCUCUUCUGACGCGGUCACUGUCUCCUGUUCAUAGAUGAUCUCUGGUGCCGCAUGUGCGUCACUACAUGCUAAUAGCCAAUAGGAAAAACGUCGUUCAUUUAUAAUAUUUCCGCAAUAAAAACUAAUAAUCUCGCAUUCUGAACUAUUCUUCUUUUGUGUCACAUCUAUUUAGACGUUUAUUUUCAAACCGGGUUCAGUAAAAGUUCACGAACAGGAAGUUUUUCCAGCGCGCACAGGGUUAAACGUGGACCGGAAGUGUAUCCCAGGCUUCUAUAAAGACACUUCCGGCGCUGUUGUUGAAAGAAACACACUUUGAAACAUUCAUGGCUUAAAGUCACACAGAGACACCACGACGCAGACAAACAGCAGCACAAGAUGAACUACGUACCGGGGACGGCCAGCCUCAUAGACGACAUCGACAAGAAGCACCUGGUGCUGCUCAGAGAUGGGAGGACACUGAUCGGGUUCCUUAGAAGCAUUGAUCAGUUUGCCAAUUUAGUUUUCCACCAGACAGUUGAGCGCAUCCACGUGGGAAAGAAAUUUGGUGACAUCCCGAGAGGAAUAUUCAUAGUUAGAGGAGAGAAUGUGGUCCUGCUGGGAGAGAUAGAUGUGGAUAAACCCUGCGACACAGUCCUGCAGCAGGUUUCCAUCGAGGAGAUUUUGGAGGAGCAGCGGUUGCAGCAACAAGCCAAACAGGAGACGGAGAAAGUCAAAAUGCAGGUCCUGAAGGACCGAGGCCUUUCCGUACCCAAAGCUGACAACUUGGACGAAUAUUAACAGCCUCUUUGUUUCUUUUUUUUUUUUCACGAGCCAGUUUCUCAGUUUGUAUGGGACUCAUAAGUUUUAUUUUGAGAGAGCAUGACGGUGUGUUAUUUUUUUUUUUAUGUGUACAUGGCUACAUCAUGUUGGGCCGAAUUCCUGUAGUGUACUGUAUGAAUUUAAUUUGAAUCAGUAAGAGGAAAAAGAAAAAUGUGUUGGAUGCUCUCAGUUUUGCAGAUCAUGUGGGCAAAACGAUAGAUCCAUGUGUUGGAUCACUCUGUUGACAAGUAAGCAAUUAUUUUACAUUUUACAGCAGCACUUUCUAUCCAUGAAAUGGUAAAUUUUUGAUUUGGAGAUCCACAAAAGAAAUUCUUGCUGUGCUCCAUUAAAGAGUUCAGUUUUUCUUUAUGGAGGAUCUGCUUGGGAAAAAAUUUGUGUCCACAUUUUUUUCAUCACCGUGUAGCAACAUUCAGUUUAACUCACUGUUGUGUUGAAUGUUUCACAAUCAAAGGCUGUAAUAUUCAGAUAAAUGUGUGUCCUCAGCAGACAGUGACCCUGCGUCAUCAGGCCGACCACAGAGCUGCAACAAACUUCAGACUGAUCCUCAUUCAUUUAUUAGCAGAGAGGACAUCAUUCAUUUUGAUUUGAUUCAGUUAAGGCAGGAGGCAGAUCUGUGCAUCAUGUCCUGUUUAUAGAGAUAAGAGUGGGGCAGGAGAAAUCAACCCCAUCUGCUUUCAUCAGUCAAUAACAAGCGUGUUAAUUGUUUGGUUGGACUCAAUGAGUUCAUAUAAAUCAGUCUCUGCUGGGUGGAGGUGAUCAGGCCUGUUGGUGAUGAUGCUGAGCGAAACUCUGCUCACGUGGUACCACCAAUAUUCAAUGCAUGUUGGGUUUUUUCACUUUGAUCAGUGUUCAGCAUCACUGAGAUGUCAAGAUUUCCUUUGCUAAACUUCAAAAUAAAAGUCAUGCCUUAGGGAAACUACAGCUGGACCUGGUCCUACAUGUCGAGGAAUGUAUGGGAAGCAGGGCUUGACUAUCUUUAACUUUAAUCACCCUUAAUAUAUUUUUUAUUAAAAAUUGAGUUAAUCAGAUAUGUCUAAAAUGAAUAGUACAAGGUAAAAGUAAAACUCUAAUUGUACCCUCAAAUAGACAUAUACAAAACACUUUGUAAGACACAAAGGAAGCACAGUUACAUGUUAAUGGUAAUGUACAUUAACAUGUAACUGUCAAACUCAGUGACCUGUAGAAAAAAUGAAAAAGUCUGUUCCUCUAUGUGAGGUUUCUAAUCGUUUGUGAAGAAAAAAAAGGCUUCUUAACAGUGUGAUCCU